UCAGUAAUAUGUUCCUUAUGGGGGCACAAUACAAUUACUUUGUGCCAAUUGUAAAUUGUCGAUACCCAUGAAAGGCUUACAAAUUGUAUAUGGAGCUCAAAUCUACAAUCUGCCAAACUUUUUGUGAUUCCUGCGGCCGUCCAGAUGGGAGGAUGUGGAUCGGUGCCAACGGUGGCAGGAGAAGUUGUAAAUGAACCUUUACCAGAAGAUACAGAGGAACAACUAAGUACAGGAGAUGGCACCUUGGAGUUCAGUGGACGCAAAAUGGCACGACUGCCUGCUUCAAUAUGCACACUUACUGAUCAGCUCUAUAAAUUGUACCUGAGUGGCACAAUGGUAAGUGAGAUACCUGAUGACUUAUACCAACUCCACAAUCUACGCACAUUGGCACUUGAUGCCAACAAAUUACCAGAGUUGCCAGAGGCUGUGUGUUCACUACCCCAUUUGGGACGUCUCUACUUAGGGGCAAACCGACUUCAGGGUCUCCCCCCAUCUUUUGCACGUCUCCAGACUUUGCGUACUUUGUGGAUAGAGCGUAACUUUUUGCACCACUUUCCACGAGUAUUGCUGAACCUGCCUGCCCUGCGAUGUCUACAAAUGGGUGACAACCGGCUUAAGAGCCUUCCAGGAGAUAUUGCAACUUGUAUGCCAGGUCUCAGAGGUCUUUGGCUCUAUGGAAAUAGACUGGAGCAUGUACCAAAGGUCCUUUUACGCUUACAUGACUUAGAGAUCCUGGAUCUGGAUAAGAACAAGAUAGCUGUAUUUCCAGACAUGAGUGGUAUGAAGGGACUGCGUCUUCUUUCUUACGACCACAACCCUGUUAAUGCACCACCCAAGGUAAGGGAGACGGUUACAUUGGUUGGUGAGGGUGCCCAGGAGUUUAUGGAAGAACGUGAGGAACGCAGGAAGCAGAUUGAGGAAGAGGAGAUGGAGCAGCGAGAAAGAGAGCAGGAAGAGGAGGCACAAAAGGCGGAGGAGGUGGCAGAAGGAGAGGGUGAAGGGGAGCAAGAGGAAGAAUAUGAAGAGCAGGUGGAAGAGAAGGAAAACCACCAUACUGACUAUUACUCUGGUGAUCAGGAAGAAGACUAUUAUCCAGAUGAGGAAGGGUAUUAUAAGGAUGAGGAAGAGGAGGGAUAUUACCCUAGUGAAGGAGAAAACUACUAUGUGAGAGGAAUUUAUUGACUACCAUAAAUGUCCAAAAAGUAAUG